CCAGCUUGUCUUCCCCCGGAUCCUGUGGAAGUAGAGAAGCUGCAGCACUUUGUUUCUAACUCCAAGAGGCUGUUUGUAAUGACUGGAGCUGGAGUCUCGACUGAAUCAGGGAUCCCAGAUUACCGCUCUGAAGGUGUGGGGCUCUACACCAGGACAGACAGACGGCCCAUCCAGCACGCUGAGUUUGUGCGCAGCGCCAGUGCCCGGCAGCGGUACUGGGCAAGGAACUUUGUGGGCUGGCCUCAGUUCUCUUCCCACCAGCCAAACACAGCACACCUGGUACUAAGAGACUGGGAGAAGCUGGGGAAACUGCACUGGCUGGUGACCCAGAAUGUGGAUGCCCUUCACACCAAAGCCGGGAGCCAGCGCAUGACAGAAUUGCACGGCUGCACGCACAGGGUUUUCUGCCUGGCCUGUGGAGACCAGAUCUUGCGCUCUGAGCUUCAGGAACACUUUGAAGCUCUGAAUCCUACCUGGAAAGCUGAAGCGUUCGGUGUGGCUCCGGAUGGAGAUGUCUUCCUGACGGAUGAGCAGGUGUGCAAUUUCCACGUCCCAGCCUGCCAUAAAUGUGGUGGAAUCCUGAAGCCUGACGUGACAUUCUUUGGAGACACAGUGAGCCGGGAAAAAGUGAAUUUUGUGCAUCAACGCCUGGCAGAAUCAGACUCCGUGCUGGUGGCAGGAUCCUCCAUGCAGGUAUACUCUGCCUACAGGUUUGCUCUGGCUGCCCGGGAGAAGCAGCUGCCAAUUGCAAUCCUUAACAUUGGGCCCACAAGGUCAGAUCACUUUGCAUCCUUAAAACUGAAUUACCGCUGUGGAGAGCUGCUGCCUUUAAUUGUUGCACGUGACCCAACAAAUUGA